CCGAUCCCGAUUCACGAAACAAGAAAUAAGACACACGUAUUCACAGUAACGAUUGGACCUUAUUGUUAAAUAUAUAUACAUAACAUAAACUAUCAUCGUCAUCAUCCAAUAUGCGUUACUCAACAACAUCUGGAAUGGUUCUGGCCGCGCUCUGCGUUGGUGAAGCCGUGGCUGGUCCGGCUCAUGCUCAUGCCCACCUCCACAAGAAGGCGCACGAGAAGAAAGAUGUCGACUGGGCUGCUCUCGAUUGGAACGACAUGGGCAUCGACUGGUCUUCUGCCUGGGCUGCUGGACAACACACCUCGACAUCCGCCGCUGUCGUCGCAGCCACUGAAGCUCCCGUCGCAACGACUACCGCUGCCGCCGUCGUAGCUGCCACUAGCAGUGCUACUUCUGCCCAAGCUACCACCACUUCGAUAUCUGGCACUUCAUCUUCCAGCCUGACAACUCUUUGGGAUGAUUUGGUUGGUCUUGCCAACGACUUGACCGAGUUCGGAUCUGCAGUUACUACUUCCAGCGGCUCAGAAGUCUCUUAUAUUGGAAACAUUGGUUCACCCCAAGGAUCAAACAUGCUCAAAGUCGAUUCACGAACUGGCUAUGACUACACCAACGAGUUCAUCAAUACUUCUGGCGAGACAAUGACCGUUGUCCUCUGGAACAAGGCCUAUAGCAAGACCGGCGCUGUGGAUGACGCAGAAGCCAACCUCGGAUCAUGUGUUGCUCCCGUUACACCUAUCCUCACCUUCGCUCUCGCCGCCGGAGAAAGCCAGAUUGUUGCUUUCCAAGAGAACUCUCAGAUUGGAUGGGCCCAGGCUGUCAGUGACAUUGCCGAGUCCGGAGCGUUCGCCACUACUUGGGGCGAGGCCAACUUCGUCAGCACUGGCUGUGGAUAUGAUGUCUCUGCUAUCAUGAACCCCAACAACAACAACUACGACAUGACCAUCACCAGCACCGAGGCAGCAGACUGCACUUCCUCAAGAACCGAGAACAUGUGGCUGACUGCCUCCGACCCCGUUGGAAACAGCGAUGGAUCUUGCUACAUUGCCCAAGGCACGGCAACGAUGACCACACAGAUGGGUGGUACCGUCUAAUAGACGGAAAAUUUAGGAGUAAGGUGGGAGGGUGUUGAGGUGUUGUAAAUUCGAGAUAUUCUUGUUGGUACAUAGUAAUCUUGAAUGUUAAAUUGAACCUUAAACUUAAAGCAAG